AUGUCUGGGGAGAGCGAGGAGAUCACCCGUCUUCGCAAACCACGUUUCUCGUACGAGGAGAACCAGAUCCUGAUCCAGGAAGUGCGAGCCAACUAUGGGAAGCUUUACGGCACCCAGAGCCGGCGGGUGACGGUGGCCGAACGCCGGCAGGUCUGGGAGGGCAUCGCCGGCAAGAUCAAUGGCAUCACCAGCUGGAAGCGCACCGGCCAGGAGGUGCAGAAACGCUGGAAUGACUUCAAGCGGCGCACCAAGGAGAAGCUGGCGCGGGUGCCCCACUCCACCCAGGGGACGGGCAACGCUGGCGACGAAGCCUUCUCAGCCGAAGAGGAGACGCUCUUCGCCAUACUGGGGCCUGGCGUGAUGCCAGGCCCAGGAGGGGCAGAGUCUGGGCUCUUGCGGGGCACGGCGGGCUUUGGGCCUCCCCGUUACCAACCGGCAGCUGAGCACGGCACAGCCCCUACAGAUCUGCCCGCCAGGGCCAACGUCUCCAGCAGCCCAGAGACCUCUGUCCAGCCUUCAUGCUUGCUGAAACCCAAGGAACGUGACUCACCCGCACCCCCUCCAGGCCAACCCUCGUCACUGCAGAUUGUCCAGCUGGCACCGUCUCCAUCCUGUCUAGGCUGCGGGCCACAUCCCGAACACUCCCCGGGAGAGUUGUUGGGCACCACUCCCUGCCCUUCGAUUUCACCACCUCUGCGGCGCCGACGUGCCCACCUGGAGCUGCCUGUUGAGCCCUCUCUGGACUUCCUUCAGGCUCAGAGGGAGACGGCCGCAGCCAUCCGGGAGCUGACCUACACCCUGCGGCAAGGCCUGGAACGGCUCACGGACGUGGUGGCGGCACUGCUGCCCCUCCUUCCAGCUUUGCCAAACGGCCUGCUGCCCCCACAUGGGGAAUACGGUCUCCCCAUGGCAACCCCGGGCACAGAGACUGCCCCUGCUCGGGAGGGAGGGCCUGCCAAAUCAGAGCUAUCUCCACGGCAGGAACAGCCCGGGACUGAAAGGGGUUCAUCUCCCAAUCGGCCCCCUCUGGCACAGAAGCGAAAGAAGGGGACCCCAACUCGGAAACGCAGAGGACGUUGGAAGAAUUUGUGAGCAUCAGGCACAGAUGUGCUUCCACCACACCCAAAAAGGAAGGGCAGAGGGGGGGCUGCUCCCCUGGGAUGGCUGUUUCAGUCUCGCUCUCCAUUUUCCCACAGGGAGGGCGAGCUGGAGCCCUCUGCGCUACCCCCACUUCCAACGCCAUGAUGGCAGCGCCAGGGACCAUACUCCAUGCCAGUCCCUGAGGUCACCUCUGCUGAUUUUUGUGGUCCAAGUAUAACCACCAACAUUUAUUCCACGCCCGGUGGGCUGCCAUGCACCGCUGCCCACUUCUCCAUUCAUG